AUGAUAAGAGAAAAGUCGGGAGUGGAUGCGACUUUUCAUUUUUUCGCAUCGAAAAAAGACGAAAAUGAAAUUAGAGGAGCUUUGAAAAAGUUCAAAGAAAAAGAAGAAAAUAUUUUGGGUAUAAAAAGUUUGACUCUACGACAGGAUUCGUCGCUUUUCAUCGAGAGCGUGUCAAUAUCAAAAAAAUCGAUUCGCGUCGGCCAGGGAUUUUCAAUAUCAUGCAUUGCUCAGGGUUCCAUUUACAUGACGUUCACAUGGUUAAAAGAUGGAGCCUUCAUAAACGAAUCUGUGAUAACGCGAUCCGUUUCCAUGCAUUUGAUUUACUUGUCGAGAGGAAGGUAUCAAUACACGCUCGUCAUGGAUAAAGCGAAUUUACUCGAUGAGGGUAUAUACACGUGUCACGUGAGCGAUUGGCACGUUCAACAAUGCAAGGGUAUACACGUGAACGUUGCCGGACCGCCGGAAAUACGUUUGUCACCCAUGAGCGCGACCGUGGAAAAGGGAGCUAAUUUGGACAUUGUUUGCAUACCACUCAACAACCGGCCCAAAUUGGAAAAAUUCGGUUAUUCAUGGAUAAAGAACAAACACUUGUUGAAAAUGAUGCCCGGAAGAGAAGUUUGGGAAGAUUUGUAUUUGAGUCAUUACAACGGUGAAAUAAACACCGGAAGCGUUUUGGAAAUAACAAAUAUUCAGAAAUCUGCGACGUACACGUGUCAAGCACAGGGUACGGGUGCUUCGAGCGAAUUGAGCGUGCACGUCGAAGUCGUUAACAAAACUGUGGUUCCCCUUUGUCCGGCGGAAGGAAAAUACGGUAUAGCUUGGCAAACGACGGCGCCCGGCAUGGAAACCGUUGCCGAUUGUCCUUUUCACGCGGGGGGACACGCCAAAAGAGAGUGCAGGCUAACGGAUUACAACACGACGGAAUGGGACGUACCAAAUUUUACAGGGUGUCUGACCUCUGACGUAGAGGCCGUUUACAAUAAUUUUAAAAGGCUGACGUUGGGUUACGAGGUGACGAACGGUUCUUCCACGCUAGGGAAUUUACUUUACAUCGUUUCGAAACGUUCAACAUACCUUCCUGGAGAAUGCGAACGUAUAUUAGACAUAUUAGACGAAAAAAUAAUUCAACUUCAAGCUUUGAUAAAAUCCAUAGGAAUCAUUUGGGGAUCCCUUUUUACCGGGAGUUCUCAGUCGGUUUUCCAAGACAUGACGUCAUUAAUAAUCAACAUAAAUAAAAUCCCGGCGAUGGAAAAUGGGGCGAUCCGUUACGUCAAAUUUCCACCGGAUGAUAAAAUUCGUCCUUUCUGGUUCAAGGACAAAAUUCUCGUACGUUUAAACGCGUACAAAAUGGACAACAACAACAACAACAACAACGUGUCCUCCCCGUACUCCCCGCGUAAUUUUUCCGUAUUGAUCGCCGCGUAUAAAAACAUGACGCAAUUUUUAAAAGCUCGAUAUCUAACGAAAUUCGACGACGGAACGGAUCAAGAAUACGAAAUCAAUUCAAAAUUAAUCACAAUCGUUUUUGGACGUGGCAGAAGAAAAAAAACGAAAGAUGAAAUAUUUGAAAAUGAUAAUAAUAAUAAUAAUUUUAUUGCGGAAAUCGAUUUCAAUCAUUUGAGAAACGAUUACGAUUUCGAUGAAUGGUCGAUCACGUGCGGCGUGACGGAAUAUGCGAGCUUUAGGAGUACCUGGAACCUGAAUUCGUGCACGAGUCAACCCGUGAAUUCAAACGUGACGAAAUGCAUUUGUAAAAAAACUGGAACUUUUGCUCUGUUGGUCGUGACGAAAAAUCAAAUCGUGACGUCAUCGUCGCCCGUCGCAAAAGACGGUGAAAAUUUGAUUGUUUUGAUCGGUUGCGGUUGUUGUCUCGUACAAUCUCUGUUGACACUUUGUUUACUUUUGCCUUAUUGGUGUCGUCGUAAAACGUGUUUGGUUUUUUUAAAAAUGCAAUGUUGUCUCGCAACCGCUUGCGCCAUGACCGUUUUCAUGUAUUCCAUACGUAACACUUUAUCUAAGGCUGUUUUUCCAUUGGUGACGACAUUUUUAGAAAUUUUUUUAUUAAUCGGUCUUUCGUCUCACCUGAGUAAAAUUUUAGUUGUUUAUACGGAAAUAAUACAAUUUCCACAUGGGAGACACAUGAAAGAAACCGUCAUAUGCAUAAUUACAGGGGUUCCCAUAUUGGCAGUUUUGUGUAAUUUUCUCGGGUAUCAUUCGACGGGUUGGAAUCUUCAUUCCUGGUGGAUAAUUCGAGGUUCCAUGAUAUUCAACGUUUUCAUGACGUCGGCUGCUUUGUUGAUCGUCCUUUUUGUUUUUUUAUACAUCAGCAUUUUACGUCAACUCAACGUCAUCUCGCAAAGAUGUGCCAAUAAAAACAAAACGAUAUUUCGAAGGUAA